AUGUCGGCACCCCGGCUGCUCACGUUGCAGCUGCUGCUCCUCCUGGGCGCGUGGUGGGCGCGCGCGGCCGCCCCGCGUUGCACCUACACCUUCGUGCUGCCCCCGCAGAAGUUCACGGGCGCCGUGUGCUGGAGCGGGCCGGCGGCCGCGCGCCCGACGCCGGAGGCCGUGAACGCCAGCGAGGUGGCGGCGCUGCGCGUGCGCGUGAGCCGCCACGAGGAAUUGCUGCGCGAACUUCAGCGGCUGGCAACGGCCGAUGGCGCCGUAGCCGGCGAAGUGCGUGCGCUGCGCAAGGAGAGCCGAGGUUUGAGCGCGCGCCUGGGCCAGCUGCGCGCGCAGCUGCAGCACGAGGCGGGCCCGGGGGCGGGGCCUAGCCCAGGGGCGGAGCCCGCCUCGGCGCUAGCGCUGCUCGGGGAUCGCGUGCUGAACGCCUCGGCCGAGGCGCAGCGCGCUGCAGCCCGUUUCCACCAGCUGGACGUCAAGUUCCGCGAGCUGGCACAGCUAGUCAGCCAGCAGAGUGGCCUCAUCGCCCGCCUGGAGCGCUUGUGCCCGGGGAGUGCGGGCGGGCAGCAGCAGGUCCUGCCCCCACCGCUGGUACCUGUGGUCCCCGUCAGUUUGGUGGGUGGCACCGGCGACACCAGCAGGAGGCUAGACUCAGCCGCAGAACCUCAGAGAGAUCAGAUCCUGAGACAGCCGGGACCCCUGGCCUCUCCUCUGCCCUCGGGGCACCCUGCUGUUCCUGCUAAGCCAGCAGGCCCAUGGCGGGAUUGUGCAGAGGCCCGCCAGGCAGGCCAUGGACAGAGUGGAGUGUAUGAGUUACGAGUGGGCCGGCACGUGGUGUCAGCAUGGUGUGAGCAACAACUGGAGGGAGGAGGCUGGACUGUGAUUCAGAGGCGGCAGGAUGGCUCGGUCAACUUCUUCACUACCUGGCAGCACUACAAGGUGGGCUUCGGGCAGCCUGAUGGGGAAUACUGGCUGGGCCUUGAACCUGUGCAUCAGCUCACCAGCCGUGGGGACCAUGAGCUACUGGUGCUCCUUGAAGACUGGGGAGGCCGUGGGGCACGCGCCCACUAUGAUGGUUUUUCCCUGGAGCCUGAGAGUGACCACUACCGCCUGCGGCUUGGCCAGUACCAUGGGGAUGCUGGAGACUCUCUUUCCUGGCACAAUGACAAGCCUUUCAGCACCGUGGAUAGAGACCGAGACUCCUAUUCUGGUAACUGUGCCCUGUACCAGCGGGGAGGCUGGUGGUACCAUGCCUGUGCCCACUCCAACCUCAAUGGCGUGUGGCAUCGAGGUGGCCACUACCGUAGCCGCUACCAGGACGGGGUCUACUGGGCCGAGUUUCGUGGUGGGGCUUACUCUCUCAAGAAGGCUGCCAUGCUGAUCAGGCCCCUGAGGCUGUGA